AAUUUCCGCCACCUGUUGAAUCUGCCAAUCAAUACCUGCCUGAACCUGAACAGGAGUUGUGCUCAGCCACAGUGCGAAAAGAAAGCGCCCUGCCCAAACCGUUUUCGUCGUUGUGGAGACCAGCACUGUGUACGGAAAUAGUGAUACUACCCAAGCUAGCAACUUUGUGAAAAAUUAAUGCAUUCUGUCAGUUUAGUUUGCUCGUUCAGAUAAACCGUCGUGUUCAUUUAUUUGUCUUCUGCUUCCAAAACGUCUGGAGUGAAUCCGGUUAGGUGGAGAGAACAGGAGGGGGAGGAAAUGGCACUUUGCCUGUAUGAUUGUCUGAGGGCAAUUGGCCUAGAGCGUCACUAUGCCAGGUUCACCUCAGUGGGUGUUCAUCGUGCAACCCACCUUUCAGCGCUGACCAUGGAGGACUAUCCCAUACUAGGAAUACACUCUAUGGAGGACAGAACUCGGCUCUUCCAUCUAAUCCAAAUGGUCAAAACUCUUGACCUGGAAUAUGAAGAUAUUGAUAGUGAUGAUUAUGAUGAUGUUGAUGGUGGUGAUAAAGGCGACACUGUAGCAGAUAGCAGCUUUACGUAUAAUGGUUGUGGAGAUCCUUAUGAAGAAGUAUAUGAUGACGAGAAUGAGAAGGGUGCUGCUGUGAGUAAGCUAGAUGCGGCCAGUUUUUCCAAACCAUCAUGCGUUUGCAGACGGCUUGAUUUCAGUGAAACUGUCAAUCAUCAUCAGAAGCUCUUCGCUCGCCCGGUAGGCACGGUUCAUGUCUAUGCAAGUCGUAACAUAAAUAAUGAGCCAGGCCGGAGCAAAGGAUUGGCCAUACCUGUGCAGCUUGAGCUUGACACCGGAAGUGCUGUGGUAUAUGGUUGCACAGGGAACAGCAACCUCAGGUCAGAUAUCCAUUGUCAUCAAUCUGAUCAUCACACAGGAGAAAACACCAAGCCAGACAUCAUGGAAGGAAUUUCCAAAUACAAGUCUCAGUCCGGAUUAUCACCAAAGUGUGUCUCAUUCUACAAACCAAAACCCAGGCCUGCAAAAGUGGCAUCAAAGAGGUUUAGCAACAAACCAGUUAGGCACAAAGAUCGAAAAAGAAUCUCUAGGAAGGAAAAUCUCAGUACAGAAAUAGGCAGUAACAGGCCUUCUGAACACAUGGCUAAGCAAACACCUGUUUAUGAAUCAAAGAGAACAGCUGGCUACAACUACGGACUACCACUGAAUUCCCCUCCAGCCCCAAAGAAAAAGCAAACAGAGGGGCAGCGGAUCAGUGUGUGUGUGAGGAAAAGACCUUUGACACGCACAGAGAGCAGGAGAGGAGAGGCAGAUGUUGUGACAACUCUGAGUGGAGAGUGUGUGAUUGUCAACGAAAGCAAAGAGGCUGUGGAUCUCUCACAGUACAUACUACAGCACAGGUUCUACUUUGACCAGGUUUUUGGGGAGGAGAACUCCAAUGAGGAGGUGUAUCGAAGAACAGCAUAUCCUCUGGUGCAGCACAUGCUCAAUGGAGGCAAGGCCACCUGCUUUGCAUAUGGCCAGACAGGUGCAGGGAAGACUCACACCAUGUUGGGUUCAUCUCCUGGGGGUCCGGGGUUGUAUGCACUGGCAGUCCGGGACAUUUUUUCUCACCUCUCCACCACACACAUACACUCACCCUUGCAGGUGUAUGUCAGUUUCUUUGAAAUCUACUGUGGUCAUCUGUAUGACCUGUUGGACCACAGGAAAAGGUUAUUUGCCAGGGAAGAUGGACAGAAGGUGGUUCACAUUGCUGGGCUGCGUGAUGUCAGAGUGGACUCGGUCUGCUCACUGCUGGAGCUGAUUUCACAAGGUACAGAAGAGCGCACACAGGGGAUAAGUGGAGUGAAUCCACUCUCCUCUCGCUCCCAUGCCUUGCUUCAGAUUCAGCUGAGAGGUGCAAACCAGCAGAUAGCUGGUAGAAUGUGGUUUGUGGACCUGGCAGGAAGUGAGAGGGCAUCAGAUACCAAAGAACCAGACAGGCAGAGUCGAAUGGAGGGAGCAGAAAUCAACCAGAGUCUGUUGGCCCUUAAAGAAUGUAUCCGGUCCCUUGAUCAAGAGCAGUCACACACACCUUUCAGACAAAGCAAACUUACUCAGGUUUUGAAAGACUCAUUUGUUGGUGACUCAAUGACAUGCAUGAUUGCCAACAUUUCACCUGGCCACAUAGCAACUGAACACACACUUAAUACACUGAGAUACGCCGACCGGGUGAAGGAGUUGAGGGGACAGGGAGGACUAAGAGGAGGAAGAAGAGGCAAGAUAAUACCCUCCCCCAAACGUAACCUGUCCAACAGCAACAGCAGCAGCAGCAGCAAUGGCAGCAGUAGUGGCAUUCGAGGGAAAAGCCCCCCUAAAAAGCCAAAGUUAGGGAGACAAAGAGAGGCUUUUGGCCCCACCACACCUUCCACAAUGUUGGCAUCAGGGGGCGCAAUUCUCUGCUCCACACCCAAGAACAGCAAAUGGGGAGAGGCAACAAGUCCAAGAGCAAGAAGGGGAAUUGGACUUGAACAAAUUACACCAGUCAGAGGCUUGCUAGAAAUGGGUGAUAAGAGGGAGGGGAGGGAGAGAGCAUUUGGGAGGGAAGGUAGAAGAAGAGAAAGGUUUGAAGGAACUGACAGUGCAGGUCACUUAAUUAGAGACCAGAUCAUCGGUGCAGGGCUGGUCUUGGGAGAAGCAACGGAUGAGCACCUUCAGCCAUGGGGGUUACAGGGGGAAUGUGGAUUCUACCACAGAGAAAAAGAGAACCAACAAAGCACUUUGGAAAGGGGUAAAGAGGAAGAAAGAAGGCGGAGAGAACAGAGAAGACAAGUGGAAAGCAGUAGAGACACAUGUAGCAAAGUAGAAAGGCUAAGGGAGACAGAUUUACAAAUGUCUGAUGAAAAGGAUAAGGAGAAACAUCUGAGACAGUAUCACCAGCAGCUGCAACAGUUUAUGCCCUCAUCUGUUUCUUCAUCCGUCCAUCUCUUCUCACCCUCUACACCGUCUUUCUCUUCAUCGAAUCAGGCCUCUCUCCCCUCCUCUGCCUCUCCAUCUUCAUGUUCUUCUCUCCAACACUCUUCCUGCCUCUCAGUUUCUGCCUUUAUGCAUCAUGGUUUGGAAGAGGUUUUAGAUGCAUACAGAGCCAGGGUUGAGGUUAGGGCUGAUGGUAACAGAGGAGGAGAUACUUGCUUACAAACUAAAACCUCUCCAAGCUACAAUAAAAACAAGGAUGAGGUUGGUCAUGGUAACUCAGGUGGUACUGGUGAACAUUGUAGGGUAUCUUGGGAAGGAGCAGAGGCAAGAUUUGGACAAGACGGAGGUAAAAGUGAGAAGAAGUCACUGAAGGCAACAGGUGAAGGAGAGGUUAGAGUAAGGAGGGCUGGGAUGGAAGGAGGAGGAGAGAGGAGGUGGGCUUGGGUGGCAACGACAGAGAGAGAACAGGCAGAGAGGAUGACAGGUGCAGUGCCAGGUGACGCAGAGGCAACAAUGUCUCACAACUGUGAUUCAGAAGAGAGUAGAGUGGUUGAGGAAAGACUAGAUGCCUCAGAUCACCCAGCUGAUGGAGUGUGGAGUAAUGAGGAGCAAGAAGGAGCUGACCACUAUGGCUUAGUGUCCACCCACAGCAACAGCAUAUUUAACCACCCUCCUGUUAAACCACCCCAUCCACGAGCGCCUGCAGAACGACCCCUCUCCCCAGGCUGUGAACAUACCAACACACUCCUGACCCCUAAUAAACUCAAUGAUCUCUCCCUUAUAUUAAAACAUAGAAGAUGCACCUCAAACAUCCUGCCUCCACCGCUGCAAAAUGCCCAACAGGGAGUGACAUCAAGCAGCCCUAGAAUGAAGGAACCAUGGUUUGCUGCUAAUGCCAAUAAAAGAGAGUUUUCAAAUACUCAAUCGACCACACUCCCUCUCACUUCUCCCAUCGCACAGAAUGGAUGUAAAAUACCUGCAGAACAUCCAGCUGACACUCAGGUACACAACCAUCCAGGGGUCAAACCCAAAAUGUCUAUUUUACCUCAAGAAGAGACUUCUGCAGAUUCUCACAGCUACAUCAUGGACCCCCUCAGCAUCUCCUUGCUUCAAGUGGACCAACAGGUUGCCACAGCCUCGUUCCUCCAAGGGGAACUGAACAACACCUCACUCUCUCCACUUGAGAAUGAAAGGGGAGAAGAUAACAGGAGGGAAGUGCUAAAAGGGCAUCUCACAUGUGCGGAGAAAGCGGUGAAAGUUGUAGAGGACGAGGACGUAGAAUUGCGCCUGUCUCUUUUGGAGCUGCCACAAACCCUCUGCCCUCCCACCUCUGACACCAUGAAAGCUAUUAAUCACUGUCACAAUCAUUGUGGAAUAGGCAUGAUGAAGCCUUCUAUCGCUGAGGUUAUGCUGGUCUCCCUCCAGGACCAAGAUAACAAUCAUAAACCUCAAACCAUGCCAGCUAUUGAAGUCCUGGGCAAAAGAGUCCUUGCAUCUCAACGUAAACCCUGUACACAUGCUUCUAUGCAAACUUCUGUCCAGCACUCUGGGAACAGUAGUUCACACAGCUCGCACAAUCUAAUGACAAAUGGUGCCACCCAAAUGCCACCAGAAGAUACACCCAAUGUGCGCAACAAACUCUCUUCUUCCCUUUCAGCGAGACAGUCAGAAAGUGUCUUGGGCAAGGCGAACAAAUUGCCAAAGCAGUGUGACACCGUACAAAUAGACCAUUCCAACAACUCAAUCAUCUCACUCCAACUAAACUACUCUACAGAAUCAAAUAAUCAAGAGGGCACCAGCAAUCAACAAAUUAGACCUAUAAUCCAUCUGUCCACGCUGGAAGACCUGAAGCAUGGCCAGUGGCGUGUUGUCCAGGCCCAUUGGGAGCAGCUAGAAGAGAUGGAAGCUUUAUGUCGUAAAGAGGGGACUCUUCUCUGCCAACAACCUGAUAUGGCAUUUGGGGAAUAUGUCCACAAGCUGCAGGAGAUCAUGGAGAGAAAGGCGGAGUGUGUCCACAGCAUGAUAGCCCAGCUGCAGCCAUAUCUUCAGCCCAAUCAUUCUAACUAACCACACAACCAAAGAAGAUAUUGACGAUCCAAUUAUUUGAAUAAACUAAGUUAAUAAUCACUAAUAUUAUUAUAAGUGUAGCCGAUACACUGAAGAAAUGCAAGUCAUGCAAAGCCAUGCCCUUAUUUUUUAUUUUGUUAUAUUUUCACGCUAAAUGCAGCAUCAGUCAACAUUAAUAUUAUUAUAAUUAUUUAUUAAUAUUAUCAUACUAUAAAUAUAUAUAUAUAUAUAUAUAUAUACACACACACACACAGCAUAUAUUAGAAUAAGAACAGAAAAUUAUGUCCAUUUGUCUGUUAAUGGAUUCUGCAGAUUGAUGUGUGGGGGUGCAUGUUUAUUGUUUGCGUGCAGUGUUGUUUUUUUCCCUUUUAGAUCCUCAGUGCUGUAUACAUGCUGAUUCUGGUGCAUAUAUGAAAUUAUUCACAUUUAGUCCUUUGAAUCAUAAUUUCUUAAGUUAAUCUUAAAAUGGAGAUGUGUUACACUACUGGUAUUUAGCAGUUAUUUUAAUAGCUGCCAUUUAUGUACUGUAAACUGUAUGUUUUAAUUUAACCAAAUCCAUCAGGGCAAAACCUUUGCAAGUCCAGUCUUGAUCCAAUUUGGGGGUUUCUCCUAGUAUCAUACUGAUCACUGUCCCUCACCUUUGGUCUUGUUUGUUUUUUACUUGAAUUUUUUCAUGAAAAUCAUAGCACAUGAUCAAUGUGAGAUGUUCCCUUGGUAUUGGAAUUAAUUAGGACUUUUAGUCUGCUUAGGGUUGGUCUUCUGUUUGGCUAUUUGUUAUGACUCUGGAUUGAUGACACACUGAACCAAAGCUGCGCACAUAAUAUUUUGCAAACCUACUUCAAACAUGGGCUCAUUUUGUCUACUGAGGAGUUUACUUUGCAGCUGGAAAACUUUCAGGAUAUUUUAUUUUAUUCUCAUAAAAGAAUGUGAUACUUGAGACUAUGCAAUGAGACUGUUGAAUUAAAUGUGCAUCUGAUGCACAUGCAAGAUG